AUGCGCUUCCUCGCUACGCCUGGUGAGAAGGAAUCAGCGGCUACAAAGGCCGCUCGAAAGAGAGCUUCAGUUUACAAUCCUGACCCCCAAUCACGUAUGAGCUCGUUGAACCAACGCCGCAACUAUUCUCUACAGACCGGCUUUGACCUGCAGCCCGAAGAGUUCUGCAUGUUCAUGCGUUCUUGUAAGGGUUCCGAAACAUUGCACACAUACAGUGCCACCGAGGGUUUCAGCCCCAACAGCUGCUUCGUGCAGACCCAAGCAGAACUUUAUGACUGCUUCCCUGGUCUCGCCAACGUCCCGNNCCUCGAGCGCUUCGCUAGAGGCAAGUUUCUCGCUUUGCAUGUGCCUAUUGUGCUGCACUCGAAAAACCUAGUUGGCGACACAGAACUGGCUAUUCGUUGGGUAUUCAAAGCUGCUGCUCGUAAUCCACCUGUCUCUGUUAGCAGUCGUACAAGGUUGUAUCUCAAGGGUCGACCCAUGUACUGCGACAGAUUGGGCAAUCGUCAAUUCUACGAAAAUCAAAACUUUGAUUUGACCGAAGAGAUGCACCAGGACUGGCUCAAUUUCACCAAGGAAUACGACGCAGCUGAAGUUCCUGAGAACAAUGAUGCAAUCGAUAUGAACUCGAAUGGUCAUUAUAGCUCGAGCGGCGGCAUGAUUCAGUAUUACGUUCCCUUCUCCAGUACAUUCUGGGCUCGCUAUCUUUAUCAUGUAGUCCUGCUCCAACGACAAGCUACUGAACUCGAAAACCGUCCUUUGCAACCAGAUGAGACCGCCGAAGAUCGUCACGACCAGCUCUCCAAGAAGUGUCUCGAGGUCUCUUCAGCCCUCGGCGAACUUACAGCGGUCCAAGAAAUCGUCGCAAGGUCGGAGUUGGGCGAGCCUCAAGUAGUCUUGACUGUCCACUUCUCAUUCUCGCACGCAGCGAACAAAGAGGCUGCGGUGACGACCUGGCAGUAUCUGGACAUGGCAAGUGCGUUCGAAGAUGCAAUCCCUUUGUCUGCUGGAGGUGUGAGUCAAAUCUCGCAAUCUGCUAGUGACAGUCAGGAAAGUGCGCUCAGCGUCCAAGAUGCAUACGGCGGAGGAAGCCACGACUAUGCAAGCUUCGACCUAUCUGCUGUCAACAGUGGUCACCACUACCCCGAUCCGACCCAUAAGAGUACGAACGGUCUAGCCUCACCCAUUGAUUUGCACGAUACGCAGGCAACAACAGGAUACAAUACUUCUUGGCUCUUGCCUACUUCAACUUCUGACCUCGAUCACCUUGCUUCAACAGUCCUUGAUCCGCUCCUGCCGCACAACAGUCAGUCGAAUCUCCAACAGCACAACUUGCAUGAUGUAAACUCCUUUGACUUCAGCAACGGCAACAUCUCCAUUUCUCUCGAUAGCUCGGCCUUGUCGCCUCACCCACCCCUUCCUCAAUCUUCUGCGGCUUUCUCAUCUGCUAUUGCCGCCUUGGAUCUGGACCUCACAGCCACAGACCCACUACUGUUACAACCAUCGCGCACUACAACACCAUGGCUCACAAGCUUAAAUGCUACACCCACCGACUACGGCGCAUUGUUCAGCCAACCACAUUCUCCCGCCAAUGCCGCAUUCCCCGAUUACUCGAACGGCAACGGAGCAGACUUGGCUGAUCAUCUCGCUGCUGCCGCCGGAGGGCUAACCGAUACCUUCGAUGUCAACACAUUGCCAAACUCGUUUUCGAUGUCCACCCAUCAAGCCUUCGCUGGUGCUGGAAACGGAACUUCUGAUCUCGAUGCUACAUCUCGUCAACACAGUUUCUCCACUGUUCCUGAAGAUACAGAAGCCGGUGGUGUUGCUCUCCACGAUGACCAUCACUUUUCGCCAACCACACAUCAAGGGUUUGGGUAUGUCAAAGCGGAGUUUUCUCAACACGAUGGCUUUGCUCUUUCUCAGCAGCAGGAGAGCUUUGAGUUAGGUCGUCAAGACUCUUUCGCUACCAACCAUACAGACUCUUUUGUUGGUGGCACAGAUACCCAUGACUUUGCACAUUCGUUUGAUGUGACCGCUGAUACUGGCUUUGACAUCAGUGACUUGAGAAGUGGAUCUCAGAGUCAACCGCACAACCAGAAUCACAGAGAAACUUGGGGCGGUGCUGGGUUUUGA